UGUUGUUGUUAUUAUGGUUUGUGCAUAAGCAGAAGCAAAACGCAAAAGUGAGGUUAAGUCCAUUAUUUUAAAUUUGUAUUAUUGUUUUUGAAUAAAUAAUUCUUCAAUAAUAUUAUUUAGUAUUUGCAUUUUUUAUUUCAUACAACCGGAUUGGCAGAUUCUGGCGGCAACCGCCAGAUUUGGCGACCCAGUGUCUUCCUAGAUGUCUUACUUGAAUCGCCAGCUGGGCAGAUGCAGUAUUAACAAACCUGAGGAUAUCAUUAAAUAAUUAUAUCACCACAUUGGAACACCGUCUAAGGUACUGGAAUCUAAUCGAGAGUAAUGAUGACGUCAUUAAGUAGACGCAAAUCAGCUGUCCCAAGAAAGAAGAGAAACGUAAACGAUGGAGAGUUGAUGACAAAUAUUGAUGAUGACCCGCAUGAGGUUUUUAUUGAAAUUCAUUCGGAUAUGGCGAAGAAGAUGGAGCAGGAGGAGGAGGAGGUCGAUACUAAAGUACACAACGAAGCAACAGUUGACAAAGAAGACGAUGCCAUAAAACUGACGGUCAACAGUGACGUAUGCAGUUCAGCUAACCCAACAGACAACAUCUCCAGUGCCACCAAUCCAACAGACACAAUUUCCGCGGGCAUUGUGUGCUCCUUCUGCGAUUUCAAGUGUCUGGAUCAGCUGGAAAUGAUCGAACACGAAGCAACACAUUCCAAAAUGGCGUCGUUCCAGUGCCACGCCUGCGACGCCCGAUUCACAGACAGGCAGGACAUGAAGUUGCACAUUGCAUCACGCCACCCUGUGAAACGGUUCCCGUGUAAAAUCUGUGGGGAAAUCGUGAAUAGUGUGAGAAAGCUGCAACAACAUAUGACCGAUUCACAUGCGGGCAUGAAGCCUUACAGCUGCGCCGAAUGUGGUGUUAGGUUUUCUUGCAGUUUGAACCUCAACAAACAUGCCAAGCUUCACAAAGAAGGAAAACAGUACGCCUGUGAACAGUGCCAUGCCAGGUUUGCCUACCCUUCAAAAUUACGCUCACAUAUGCUAACACACACUGGAGAAAAACCGUUCUCUUGUGAUUUAUGUCAACAGAGGUUCAGUAGUUUGACGAAUUUGAAGAACCACCUGACAACACACAGUGGACAGAAACAGCAUCAAUGUGACCAGUGCAGCAUGAGUUUCUACAACGCCGCCAAACUCAGAAUCCACGCCAAAACACACUCCCUUGAUCAACCACAUGCCUGUGAAUUAUGUGGCUCUCGGUUCAAACACAUGUCAAGCUUGAAAUCACACAUGAAGACGGUUCACAGUGAUGACAAACCUUUCCUGUGCCCUACAUGUGGGGCGUGUUUCUCCAGGAACUCGAUUUUGAAAGUGCAUCAGUUGACACAUACGGGUGUGAAGAGGUUCGAGUGUGACCAGUGUGACGCCAAGUAUGGUGACUACACUUCUCUUAAGAGACAUAGGAUGUCCUUCCAUGAGGGUGUCAAACCUUUCAUGUGUGGCAGGCCUGGUUGUGAUGCAGGCUUUAUGCGCGAUUUGCAGUUACAGAGACAUAUCAAGCGCAUGCAUCCAGAUUCCACCUGAAAACUUUUACCAUCUUUUGUUUUUUUGGAAUCUUCUAAUUAUAUGCAUAUUUGGGACGUUUCCUGUUGUUCUCUUGGAUGUUUCGUGAAUAAAGUCUUGCGCAUACUAUUGCAAAUCCCAUGACUGCGAUAGAUGAAUUUGAAAUGUUUACCAAGAUGGCGGCCGAUCUUCACAGUGAACUUGGAAUGCUGAACUUGGAACUACGAGAGUUACGAGACAUGUUUUUAUUCUUUGUAGGUUAUGUUGUAAUUUUAGCGGAAAAUAAUGGUUAUGUUUACUUAUAAUCAAUAAUUAUUAGUUUGCAAGUUAUAUGAAUAUUUUAGCUACAAAAGCCAAAGUUUCAAAAUAAAAUUAUUUUUCAGAAUCGAUUUGAGCUACACUAUAUAGCUGUAUGAUAACAUAAAAUAAUGAUGAAGAUUGAUGUUAUUCUUCACUGUACCAGGUUCCAGAAAACAUGCAGUCUGUAAUCUACCCCCAUGUCAGUGUAGAGAGGCCUGUUCAUGAAGACACAAAAUACUUUGACGACACCAAAACAUAUUACACAGUGUAGAUGGACGGAUAGAAAGCGUGAACAUCAAAAGCCAUCGUGUGUGUUACCAAGUUUCCAUUCUGCAUCUAACAAUAGGAACCAAGCAUCCAACAUCAUAACUUUAUUAUUAUAUAGUCCAGGCAAUGAUGCUCAAAAAAGGGUAUGGAGAGAAAAGUUUGGAAGACUAUUGAAUAUGAAUAUUUGACCCCGCAAUUUUGUUUUGGGUGUUAAGGAGGUAAAAAUAUCAAAAGUCCCCACCCCUACCCCUUGUGCUAAGGGGGUGGGGUGGUUCAAAGGUACCAUUUUUCGGUUUCUCGCAUAUAACUCGAAAACUAUGUAUCUUACGGACAUAGCUGUUACAUACAAAAGUAAAGCUUAUAUAAUUUCCUACAAUAUUCAUCUCACAACUUUUCUAGUUUUCGAAAUAUACUCUCUUAAAUUUGUGACAUUUUUGGAAAAAAAACAUAUUCGCCUCCAAUAUUUUUCUAUUUCUACUCUUGUAACUUUUUAACAAUAUUGAUGUGAAAAAUCAAUGCAGAUUAUGAGCUCAUAGAGCAAUAAAUUCUAUUCAAUUUGAUGUAUAAUUUAUCACUUUUACGCACUUCCCUACAAGUGUUGCAAUAGCUUUAGUGUUAAGUGAGAGGGGAUGAGGGUGGUUUGAAAGUUGAAUUUUUCAGCUUUUUGCUUCCGCGCUCAUAUGUUGAGAACAAUGCGUUCAACCGACAUAACUAACUAUUAAAAAAUUAAGUUUGAUAAAUUCUCCACACUUUUUGUUCAGUGGAAUUGUGAUAUUCCCAACCGUUCCCGAGAUAUUCGCUCUUGAAGGUGUGCAAUUGUUGAAAUAACAGGUUUUUGCUCUUUCAGGGCCUAUAACUCUCCAACAAUGUAUCGUAAAAAUCAAUGCGUAUCGUAAGUUUGUAGAACAUUAAAUUCUCUUUGAAAUGGUGUAUUAUUCCACUAUUCAAAGUUUUUGUUUCAUUUUUAUAUCAACUUUAAUGUAGGGGAUGAAAUUUCCAAUGCUACAACAGUUAUUCAUUUGGCAAUGAAAUUUGAAGCGGGUGUCUGUGACACAAUUUUUGACGUUGCAGCUUAAAUUGGACUAGUUAGUAGAUAAACAUAGCAAAAGUGCACAUCUUUAUCCCCUCUGUUGAAGGUGUGGAACCGCUGAGUUGACACUAGUUGCAAUAUUGAAAAUGUUGCUACAUUGCACUAUCAUUUUUGACAUCACACAACUAUUAUAUGAAUACUUUGUAUUAUGGUAACCAACUUGAAUCAAUUGUCAAUUCCUUUUUUACUGCUUAUUGAAAUUUACUAUUUGUUAUUUUUGAUUUUCAUUAAACGUCCUGUUUCCUACUUAGUGUAGUCAUCAUAACUCUUAGGGCCAUUUGUAAAGUGCCACUUAGAUCAAUAAAUGCAAUCAUUUGUUAUUGUUACAUUGUCUUACAAUUUCUUGGCGUCUACCUUGCUACCAGGUAUUUAGUAGUUUUACUCUUAUAAGUUUUACGGUGAGUUUGAUUUGUUUCAUUCAUUUCAUUCAACUUGGUAUAAUACAGUCCACUUGAAGUCCCUCAUACCAAACACAUCAGAUACAUAGUUUUCGAGUUAUAUGUGAGAAACCAAAAAAUGUUACCUUUGAACCACCCCUACCCCCUUAGCACAAGUGGUUGGGGGGGGGGACUUUUGAUAUGUUUACCCCCUUACUACCCUAAACAUUACUGCGGGAUCAAAAAUUGUCUUCUAAACUUUUCCCUCUAUAACCUUUCCUUAACUGCACUAUAUAUCAUCUAGUUAAUUUUGAUAUUGCAUUAAUAUAAAAAGCUUCCCUCAUAGUAUAAUUUUUCAAUAUUUUACUAAUUGUCUAGUACACAAGAAAUCAAUAUAUUGCCGAGAUUGUCAAAGAUGUGCUUUGAUGUAAAUUAUUGCAAAAAAGUAAUAUCAUGCUUAGCUAUGCAUAACGAGGCAUGAUGGUCAUACUUUACUGAAUCGAAAUAAGCUGUUAUAACUUUUUAUACUAUUAAUUUGGUUUUCAAUAAACUAUAUGAUCAGAUGCCUCAUUACUAAAUGCAAAAUUCAUGUCGGCUAUGUAGCUUUUCUGCAAUAAACUAGAAUUACUCAAUAA